UGUACCCCUGCCGCUGUGCUUGGAUAAAUUAAACAAAGAAAGUCCCUUUUGUUACAGAAUGAAAACUGUUACUUAGACGAUUGCUUGAAUUUGGUGGUCGCAGCGACUCCGCAUGUCUAACCGAGGUAACGGAGACAUCCAGCUAGCUGGCUAGGCUAACAGAAACAGAACACUAUCAGCGCUAAUGCUUAUAGUAACAUCAGGCUAAAAUAAGCUAACUUAGCUAGCUGGUAACUUAGCUAGCUAGCUCGCCGAUAGCAGGACUUUUGCUCUUCCAGAUCCUCACACCGUUCAGCGGCUCCUGCCCCGUCUCGCUCUUUCGUGUUUCAGUUUCACGGAGGAGGUUGCGGAACCGGAGCUGUGGCGGGGCGACGUGUGGGCAGGAACCCCCUGGCUACCCAGGCGGACGAUUCACAGUGACACGCCGGUCUUGGGAGAGAUCAGAGUGGAACCAUGGCCGAACUCUCCACCUUAUCCCCAUCACCACCUGCACUAGGUGAUCCUCAUGCAGCUCCCUCCAUCCCUCCGUCCUCAUCAGCGCUCCCUGCUCCCAACAGCCCUGCUCUAGAGUCUUUACCCAAGUCUGCCCUCUAUAAUGACAAAGCUUUGACUGGAAACGCUUCUGCAGCACGGUCAGGGGGUUCACCCUUGACUCCCCAUCCACCCUUGAGUCCUCCUAAAAUCAUUGCUGAGACCCCCCUCCCAUUAUUGGUACAUGAAGCUACUCCACAGAGAGGGGAAUCGACAGGGAAGGAUGUAGAAACUGGAGCUGUUAUUAAGCUGGAGACAAUGUGCAUUGGCCCAGCUGCUGCAGAGCUCCUGAAUACUGAAACAGAGAUCCCCUCAAGUGAGCCAUCGGCUCAGAGUGAAGUGCAGCAGGCAUCCCCUUCUCCUGAUCUCAAUCCUGGUCCUAAUCUUUACCCCAAUGUACAUGUUACCCACAACCCAAACCCUGUCAUGGAUGGUGGUCAGUUUACAGCAGGCCAACCCCAAGCCACUGCAGGUUCCAAUCCCACAUCUGCUCCUCCAGCAUCCACUGAUACGGCAGCCUCAGCUACAGCUGAAGAGGAGAAACCUCAGCCACUUCAAGAAGCACAAAGCCCUCAAAGUCAGCCUCCCCCUCUGUCCCCAAAGCCUGUCGCUCCCAACGAACCAGAGAAAGCAGAACUGCCCAGCACCCCCACCAGAGCCGAACACCCGAGCCCUACUGUCCCACUGAUCCACGAGCCGGCCUGUGCCCUCCCGCUGCACAACCCCAACCCCCGUCCGGCCCCAGAUACCCUCAGCUACCUGGAGUCAGCCAGCCUUAUGUCGGGGACGUUGGAGUCUCUGUCUGGGCUGGGAGAGGAUGGGAGCUCUAUUGGCUCAGACUCGGAGAUCAACGGCCUGACUGUCAGACGCACUGAUAAAUAUGGCUUCCUAGGUGGGAGUCAGUACAGUGAAGGCUGUGACAAGGAAGUUCGAGUUGAAGUUGCCAGACAGAGGGAGAUGAAAUGGAUUGAUAUGUUCAACAACUGGGAUAAAUGGGUAAAACAUCGCUUCCAGAAGGUGAAGUUGCGCUGCAGGAAGGGCAUUCCAUCUUCUCUCAGAGCCAAAGCCUGGCAGCUGCUGUCCAAUAGCCAAGAGCUCCUAGAAGCCAACAGAGGGAAAUUCGAGGAGCUGGAGAGAGAGCAGGGAGAGGCUAAAUGGCUGGACAUUAUAGAGAAGGAUCUUCACAGACAGUUUCCCUUCCAUGAGAUGUUUGCUGCUCGUGGUGGCCACGGGCAACAGGAUCUGUACCGGAUCCUGAAAGCCUACACCAUCUACCGGCCUGAUGAGGGAUACUGCCAGGCUCAGGCUCCCGUGGCUGCAGUGCUGCUCAUGCAUAUGCCUGCUGAGCAAGCUUUUUGGUGCCUCGUCCAGAUAUGCGAGAAGUUUCUCCCUGGCUACUACAGCGCUGGGCUGGAAGCGAUCCAGCUGGAUGGCGAGAUCUUCUUCUCCCUGUUGCGGCGCACGUGUCCAAUGGCAUACCGUCACCUUAAGAAGUUCAAGAUUGACCCGAUUCUCUACAUGACUGAGUGGUUCAUGUGUAUCUUCUCGCGCACCUUACCAUGGGCCUCUGUGCUGCGUGUAUGGGACAUGUUCUUCUGUGAAGGAGUGAAAAUAGUGUUUCGCGUGGGCCUGGUGCUACUGAAACAAAUGCUUGGCUCUGUGGAUAAACUUAGAGAACUUCAGGGCAUGUAUGAAACCAUGGAGCGUCUGAGAAACAUUUCACCUGACACUAUCAGAGAGGACAUAUUGGUACAGGAGAUUAUUACGCUCCCAGUGACAGAGGCGCUCAUAGAGAGGGAGUGCAGCAUCCAAGUGAGGAAGUGGAGGGAGUCCAGAGGGGAGCUGACACACCAGCCGGGCCGCCGGCUCCAUGGUACGAGAGCCAUCUAUGAGUACAAACGACGCGCUGCCGCCAUCAGCUCCGGCGGCAGCUUCUCCUUCCUGGGAAGCCCGAUCCCUCCACCGGGACCACUCAGGGCCUCUUCCAGCCUCCUGUCACUCCCUGGCUUCCGCAAGUCUAAGGUUCCUUUCCACUCCCACACCAAGAAGGGCUCCUUCUCAGGGCCGUCAGGAAUGGAGAGCCUGCCGCUUCAGUCGUCACCUGCAGUAACAUCCAGCCCGGGCCGAGGCCCCAGCCAUAAGCCCCCCAUUCCCCCAGGGGCAGGGCAGAGGUCACCAGCACCUCAUGUUCAGAGCCCCUUGGUAGGGAGUGCGGCCGGCUUAUCACGCGGGCCUGCUCCGCCCUCAGAAGGCACUUCAGCACAGGGGCAGCCUGCAGCUUCAGCCCCAGUGCAAAACACACCACCACCUAGCACUCUCUCCCCCUCGCCUAAAAUCGUCUCUGAGCAAAUUACUCCGACGCUCCCCUCUCCUACUGCAAACAACGCCCCUCUGCCCCCAUGUCCAGAUUCAAAGAAAGAAGCGGUGCCAGCGGCUGAUGCCACAACUGGAGAGGAAGAAGGAAAGAAGAAGAAGAAAAGCAGAGAAGACAAGAAGAAGGAAAAGGAAGACGAGAAGAAAAAACUGAAGGAAAAGAAGGAAAAGGAAAAGGCUGAGAAAGAGAGGCUGAAGAGGGAGAAAGAGAAGCUAGAAAAAGAGAAGAAGAAAGGGGGUAAGAAAAAGGACAAAGGGGGAGGAGAGGCUGAAGACAAAAAUGGAGCUGCAGCAGCGAGAGAUUCGGCCUAGUUUUCCACCCCAUCAUUCCAGGAUAAUGAAAAGGGACGCUGAACAAAAAAAGAGGUCAGGGGAACAAAAGACCCCCAGAAACAGAGAGUGAUUAAUAUAAAAAAUGGGAUGGCUUUCUGUAUAAUGCAUCAUUUCAAAGACUUAAUGUAGUCCCAGGACUAUGGUGGAGAAAACUGGAUCAUGGUUUUAAUAGCACCUCGGGGAGCUUUUUGCCCCUCGCUCUAUGCUUUCUUUUUCACCAAGUUUUAUUAAGAUGGGACAAAUUUCCUUUUUCAACUGGAGCACAGGCUGUGAAUCUGAAUAAUUUUUCAGAGGUCAUUCACAGUCAUUAUCUCUUUUAGUUUUUUUUUUUUUUUUAAUUCUUUUUUUCUCUCAUUUUUAUUAUUUUUAAUCAGAUUGAUCGCAGUGGUUAGAGAAACAUCGACCCAAGGGAUUGUUGAACCGAACGUUGUCAGAAAUAGUUACGGUGCCAUAGAGUGUGUAAAUAAAAAGUCUACCUAAAGUACAUAGGAUGUUGUUAGCACUCCACACACCCGUCAGAUUAUCUGGAUGACUGGAAAAAGAAAAAAGAAAAAAGAAAACCCUUGGAAGUCGUCUCAAAUGCAGGCACUGAAGACAGAAAUGUUAGUAAUGUUGUUGAGGAUGUAUUUAUUGUCAUGUUAAAUGUUGUGAGUGAGUGUGUGCCUUAGUAGUGAUAGUGAAAUGUGUUACUGUUCUAUGUGUGGCCUCCCGGUUUUCAGUCUCCCUUUGCCUGCUUAGAAUCAUUGAAUCCUUUCUGUGGUUCUUCCCAAACCUUUACUUUCUCCUCUCAUUGGACUAAAUCUAACUAGUGACUGACAAAAAGAGGGAGAAAAUUAAAAGUACACCCAGACACCAUGAAGUGGUAGUUAUUUUUAA